UCAGCUCUGUGUGAGGAUACAACACCACCACAGAGAAUGAUUACAAGAGAGAUAUCCCUUUAUAUUUUGCUUGGUCAUCUCAUCAUUGUUGGCGUUGCCUCCAACUGUGUCUCUGUUCAUUGUCUGAGAUGUAAUGCGACAGGAGAGACUGCAGAUUCUUGCCAGCUCUGCCUAAAAACUAAGUGCAUUAAUGAUACAUUAUAUGCAAAUAAUUCAUCAAACUGCGAAAAAGCCUUUCAGGUUUCUAUCAACAGCACUGGAUCCGAUGCCAACGAGGGUGAUGACAUCACUCUAACUUGUGUCCAUAACGUUCCCAAUUUGAAUCUGACAAUUGGGUGGACGAAAGACGGGGAGGAAAUGAAGGAAAGCAAAAACAUGAGCAUCCUGGUUCUCUCUAAGGUGCUUUCAUCUAAGGGAGGCCAGUACAUCUGCUAUGUGAAUAGUUCAUGUGGCAAUUACGAGUCUUCUCCAGAGAAAGUCAUUGUAAAAAACAACAAUGUGUUCACCCUGGUGAUCUGUGGCGUCGCAGCUUUGGUCUUGGUCCUGAUUAUGGGUCUGUUAAUGAAGUUCAAGCUGAAAAGAGACAACGCUAAAACCAAAGCAAGGAUGGCACAAAGGGCACUGGAUGGGAGGGCUGGCGGUCCAGUACCAUUCACGCCAAGGGAGUCCUAAAUAAGAAACUGUCACACUCAAAAUGUAUCAAUACUGAUAUUGUUUCACAAUCUGCUGUUGUAGUAUAUGAUAUAGAAAUAAAACCUCUUUAAUCCUUGUCUCAGUGUGUGUGAUCAGGUGAGGUUACGAGUUUACGUAGGGGCCAUUUCUAGACGAGGGUGGAUCAAUUGUGUAACACAGCAUUCAUGUUAACCACACCCACUGACCAGAAAGCCUGUUCAGUUGAGGAAAAGAGCCUAGAAAUGUUUUAAUCCAGACACAGGACAGGCGUGCUCAAACUAAUCCCACUGAAUGCUCUACUCACAGGAAUGCACACUACACAGAGCAGC